AUGAAAUCACAAACCAAAGAGUCCAAAUUAACCCCACCACAAUUCUCCUUCACAAUCACCAAAAUCGCAGUGUCACAAGUCUGCCAAUCCGUGGGCUUCAAAGCCACCCAAACCUCAGCCUUGGAAACCUUCACCGACAUCGCCGCCAGGUACCUCCGUGCCCUGGCCAACUCCGCCGCCGCCUCCGCCAACUACGCUGGGCGUACUCAGUGGAGCCUCCUCGAUAUCGUCCAUGCCCUCGAAGAGUUAAAUUCUGUCCAGGGGUUUCGUGGGGCAUCUAAUGUAAAGCUUAUGCUAUUCGAUUCAUCCACUUUGAUUGACAUAAUGAAAUUUGUGGAGUACACUGAUGAAAUCCCAUUUGCUAAGCCAAUUCCUAGGCAUUAUUUUUUGUCCAGAAAAAUGGGUUCGCCGCCAUGUUUAAGCAGCUUGAAGGAGGGUAGUGGUAGUGGUAGUGGUAGGUUGAGUCACAUUCCAGAGUGGUUGCCUGCUUUUCCGGUGGGGGUUGGUGGUGAGAGGGGUCAGAAGGAGGAUAAUGAAGGGGAGAAAUGGGGUUUGGUGUCAAGUAGGGGUGGUGAGAGGGUGGUGGAGAAAGAAGGGAAGAUGGAGUUGCCGGAGAGGAGAGAGAGGGUGAGGUUUAGGAUCGGUGAGGGUGAGGUUUAG